UUCUUCACGACCGUUCCAAUUGCAGCCACUCGCACUCAGCUAAUUUCUCCCCUAUAUAGCGGUCAACUACCUGCAUACGCUAUAAAGGCUACAAAAGCCAAUCAGCCCCCUCACAGAAAGGCAACUGGAGCAACCUCAACGGGUUCAUUUUCUCUUGGACUUAAUACCUUACCUUUCAACUCAAUAUGGCGACCGCAGCUGUGACAGAACCGGAGCAACUCAGUAGUGGAGUGGCAGAUUUGGCCAUUGUAGAGAAGCCACAGGAGGCCGGUCCACCCGCCGACCACACGACAACUUCCACAGGAGAUAAAUCCACGGCGGCUGAAGAACCGGCAGCUACCAAGCAAGAAGAGGAGGCAGCCAAAGAAGAGCUACCGUCUUUAGUCAAGGUCCUUUUUCCCGUUCCCACGCCGUCGAGCAAACCCGCACCGCACCACGAACUCACCCCCGAGCAAACAACAAAAUAUGAACAGAUCCUCAAGGUGGUCUCCGAAUGGACGGAAGUGCCCAAAUCAUCAGGUCGCAAUGCUCCCAAAGAGCCCAUUACCGAUGAAGACCGGAUGUUCCUCACCAAGGAAUGUCUGCUCCGAUACCUGCGCGCAACCAAAUGGAACGUCACCGAAACCCCGAAGCGGCUGCUGGCGACCCUCACCUGGCGCCGCGAGUACGGCCUGCCGUUCACCGCCGACUACAUCUCCCCCGAAAUGGAGACCGGAAAGGAAAUGAUCUUUGGCUUCGACAACGAAGGUCGUCCGUGCUUGCACCUGAAUCCCGGCCGCCAGAACACCGCGCGGAGUGACCGGCAAUUGCACGCGCUCGUCUACAUGCUCGAGCGUGUGGUCGACCUGAUGCCGCCCGGACAAGAGACGUUGGCGCUCUUGGUGAACUUCAAGGGUACCCCCCCUGGCGGCGGUUCCAGCGUCGGCCAAGGACGAGAGGUGCUGCGGAUCCUUCAGGGACAUUAUCCGGAACGUCUUGGGAAAGCGCUGGUCAACGACCUGCCCUGGUACAUCACCACCUUUUUCAAGCUCGUCUCCCCCUUCAUCGACCCGGUGACCAAGACCAAGAUGAUCUUCGGCCCCGACAUACCUGCCUACAUCCCGAAAGAGCAAUUGCCGACCGAUCUCAAGGGGGAUGUAGCGUUCGAAUAUGACCACGCGGCAUAUUGGCCGGCCCUGACCGCGCUGUGUGAGACGAGGAGAAAGGAGCAGCGAGAGCGGUGGGAGACUCGUGGGAAGAAGAUCGGUGAGAGCGAGUUCUACCUCCGUGGAGGGGAGGAUGCACAAACCGAGGAGGUGAAGGAGGUGAAGGAUGUGAAGGAUGUGAAGGAAAGCGAGUCCGUCACGCCGCAACCAGAGACCACUGCUGCCAAGGUGGAGGAGGGUGAAGCACCGAAAUCUGAGCCGAUGCAAUAGAUGCCGUAUAUUUUUUUCGGCCGUUCGGAUCCUAUCUGCUGGGUCUUGCAUAGCCAGUUCGUCUUCGCGUUGCCUGGCGAUAAACAUGUUUUGAUAGCCUAGGGCUGGCAGGUGUGCAGCGUUGGAGAUAUCACGCAUGGAGGGUAUUGUUCUGGUCAAGUUGCGCCAUUCCGUUGUCCAUUCGCUUUAGAGGUUGGCUACUACCGAUCAAGGAAUCGCAAGGAUUGGACCAUAUCAAGAUGGACCAUAGACGUUUACUAGCAGUGGAUGUUAAUUAAUUUACAUAUCAUUCAUUCACAAUGUCGACCGUAUCGCACUGGAACUUGAUG